CUUGCCGGUAGCCCAGCAAAGUAGAAAGUUGAGACGAAAUAUUGCCCAAAAUCCUACCAGUUUAUCAACUCUAUAGCUUAUCAACAUUUCUCCCACGUUAGUUAGGUACAUACUACGUAGCGUGGGCUCGUAGAAGUCAACUUUUCCGUAUACAAGGCCAUCUGCCUACCUGAUUUGAAUAAAUAGCCUCGAGCAGGAAGAUAUUUUUCUUCCUUCCUGGAUGCGAUUAUAUUAUUGCAUAUUCAACCUCACUCACGUUUUUAAAUCUGUCAUGAUCAUGCUCUCCUCCCGUGCGGAGAGAAUUCUGAGCUGGUGAAAGUAGUGGUGGAAGAAAGAUCAAGAAGGUAGCUAGGAAAAUCACCUAGGAAAAGGAAUACGAUCCUUGUUUUUGUUAUUCAAUCCGAGUCGAGUUGAAAUUCGAUUUGCUGCAACUUGAAGGUUUGGAAAACUAGCAGAAUCCCUGAGGUUGACUAACACAGCACAUCGGGUGAAAAUACCAGUCGACACCAUUUGGACGCAACACUAACAUAUCGUUCACACAUUUCAUUACAAAGUAAAGCCGUUUUUUACGAGAUUCCACGGAGAAACGAAGAGCUUAGAAGUCGUGUUGAAUUCUUGCUGCAUUCUUCUUGAGAUAACUCUCUCGAGUGACCCUUCUUCUUCACCAAGAUGGUGGCAUCCGCCGUCCUUGGAGCUGCUGCAGGGACCGGCCUCGCCCUCGUUGUCGCGUUAACCAUCAUCCUCUACCAUUACUAUUACAAAAGGAAGAACAAGGAUUGGGGCGAUUUGGAUAGGUUUGAAUCCCCACGGCCCUCAAAGUACUCAACUCCACUGGUCGGACCUGGCGGUGUGAAACCGAGUCGUGCAUGUAUUGCCGCAUCGGAAAGUGGAUUUGGCAAAUGUCCCUAUGGCACACGCGAUUCUCGACAAAGCUCAAGGUCUUCCUGGUCUAAAUCGUCAAUCGGCAGCAGUACUGGCAGCACCUCGGAUUAUGGACACGGACACGGGGCAGAAAAAGUCAAGAAGUGGGACAGUCGUGGGAGUCGAUCGUCAACAAAAUCUUGUCCCCCACUCUACACGUACCCGCAACAGGAAUUCCAUGUGGAUCAAGAGCAGCGCAUAGUGCAGCCAUUGGACGGACCGUUUGCCAGCUUGCCAGAAGUUCGAGAAGUCUCAUCCAGCGAUUUGUCGUCAUUUGAACAGGACGGAGAUUACUUUACGGAGCACGAAGUCAUGCUGACGCACCAGUCGCGAUCUCUGCCCCCAGCCCAUCCCAUCCCGGGUCAAAGAUUGAACCGCACCCCGAGCAUUUCCUCGCAAGGGUCGCAAUUGGAUUAUGCUGUACUCAAGGGCCACCGAGGCUCGUCCCCAGCAAUUCGAACAUUCACACCGGAAGGUCUGAGCACCGGCGUGUCACCCCCGGACUCACCGCCCCUGGUUUAUCACGGAUCUCGGUCCCCGUCACCAAUCACAAACAUUCGUGCAACAUCUUUGGACAUGAAGGGUGGCUCUACUUCGUCAAACUCGUCCACCGUGGAUCUCAGGAUUAGCCCAUUGUACGACAGGACCUCCUCACAGUCGCAAAACUCUCUUAAUUCCCUCAGUGACAGGACGAACAUUCCAAUGUGUGGGGUCGGACUGAGACGCUCUUCGCGAUGUCUGUCUCCCCUCCUGAUUCCACCAAGGUCACCGACAGCAUCGGAUGGGUCUGGUCAAUCUCCGGCCCCUCUGUCGCCCCUCUUGGGAACGCUGCAACUGGAAUUGUAUCAGAAGAAGGACGUCAAAAUCACUCUUCCGGGGAGUAAACAGCCCGAAGCGAAUCUCGACGAUGGCUCAAAACGUCUUGGACAGCUUCGUUUCCAGCUGAAAUAUGACUUUGACAAGUCUGAUCUCCACGUCCAUGUCAUUGAAGCUGUUGGCUUGGCUGUGAGCAAUGAAGGAGGAUUUAAUGAUCCUUACAUUCGCUUGUACUUGUCGCCGGGAGUGGACAGCAGGAAACGAGAGACCUCAAUGCAUCGGAACGAGUCAAGUCCUUACUUUGACGAGCACUUCAAGUUCCCCGUGUCACAAGAGGAUCUCCAGGAUCAAAUCUUGAUAUUGCAGGUAUUCGACUAUGACCGUUACUCAAGGAACGAUGUGGUGGGUCAAGUUUCGUUCCGUCUGGAUGAAUUUGAUGUAACGACAGCUCUGGAGAUCAAUGCGGACGUGAUCAAAAAUAAAAAGCCCUCUGGGGAGAGACAAGAGAUUCUGGUGUCACUCUCGUUCUUGCCCCACGCGGAACGUUUGGGUGUGGUUUUACUCAAGGCGAGAAAUUUGUUCUUACCUCCGAACAAGGAAACUCUUGAUCCUGUGGUGAAAGUUUAUCUGGUUGGAGGAGGGAAGCGACUCAAGAAGAAGAAAACGACGCCGAGGAGAAAUACACAAGAUCCCGUCUGGAAUGAGUCUGUCGCCUUCUCCAUUUCUGCUGCCAGCUUGGCCAACGCUUCUCUCGAGAUUUGUGUGCUCGACCAGUACAGUGAUUUGAGGGGUAAUACCAAGGCGCAGGUUGGUAGGUGCAUCCUUGGGCCACGUGAAAAUGGUUCGGAACUGGCUCACUGGCAAGACAUGAGGAAAAAUAAAAAUGGUAAAGGUGUCGCCAUGUGGCACGUACUGACUUAAUUUGGGAAAAAAUAUUCAAAAAAUUGGAACAAAUUCAUUUACAAAGUAUUCAUUAACUACUUAUUAUUCCGAUAUAAUUAAAUAUGUACAUAUGCAUGACAAAGUAUUAGACAAAGUAUAGCAGUCAUGUUUUUCCGGGUAUUAUGACGUGAAUGUCCCUAUUAUUCCAUCAAAAAUAUGUAUAUAAUCAACUUCUGAUGUGUGUUUUCAACCCGAAAUCAAAACUUUUUGUAAUUAUCUAAUUGCCAUAAGCCGAUUAGAAUUUAGAAUGUUGUUGUCGUCAAUUUUGAGUAUUUUUAUCAAUUAAACGUCAAGUAAGUUAUUUUUUGCAUGAAAAUUAUUGUCAAUCUCUCCCAUUUCAUAACUUCCUUCCUCGUCAUAAUAAUGCAGUGGCCGCGGAAGCCGUGGGGACAUUAAUAUUGUAGAAUGGGGGGAGGGAGGGGUUUAUAUAAGAUGGGGAGAUGAUGCGGACAUCAAACAACCAUGGGGACAUUGUCCCUCUGUCCACACCCUUCCGCGGCUACUGUACUAAUUGCACGUAUUAUCAGAGAACGGGGUAAGGACUUAUCGUCAUGAUGAUGUUAGGUACUCCUUUGCAUAAUAGAUACUUAAGCUGUAUUUGAAGAGGAAGUACUAUUCAAUUUAUUGAGGUGACUACUAAAUACUAUUUUAGGAAAAUCUAUGUAUAUAUUGGAAAUUUUAAGGAUGUCGUGUCAUCUCAUUUUUAACUCAAGCUUUCUCUGAAACCACUUUAUGACUACUUGUACAUACGUAAAUAGAUGUAAACGAUGUCAUUAAAGAGACAAGUUGUCGACGUUAAGAGUCAACAUUUGAGCCAAAAACUAUACAGAUAGUUCUGUAUUAAUGUGUCUAUAAUUAUCUCAGUCACAGUAUGACGGUAUUUUAUCUAACUAAUACAUAUAAAUAAGUAUAAUUCAAUGUAUAAAUAUAGCUGCUCUGAAAUUGCGUAUCGUCUCUGUUCGUGGAAAAGUUGUGGGUUGAGAAAUCACGUGAAAAUGGGAUCUAUUUUUGGGAAAUAUGAGACUCCAUAAGAACAACAUGGUGGCACGUUUUCACCUGAAAACGUAUGUUUCGACGCAGUUUUUGGUUUAUCAACCAACAACUUUUGCACGAAUGGCUCCGAUAUUUAUAAAACUUACAAAAUUUAUACCUCAUUUAAAUUUUAAAUGUUGUUUCAACAUAAACUACUUAAUGUAUUCCACAUUAAUUAAUUAUGAAACAACGGUAAACUAGGCAGUAAGGUCUCAAAUUUAUUCUUGCAUGCAUUAUUGUGGAUACAAAUGUAAAUAUCUAGAAUUGAGAUGAUAAUGUUACACAAGCAGGAAUAUACUGCUAAUUAUUUUGUUCUGUUUUUAAACCGUAACAGAGUCAUAACUAAUAAGUAAACAAAAAAAAUCUAUAUUAUAAGCUGGAAAUGUCUUUCUGCAACGGAAGUGAAAGUAAUUUUCCGUGACGGAAGUGAAAGUGGAGAAAGUUAAG